CUCUCUCUUCUUUGUACUAUUACUUCUUCUUCUGUAAACCUCCUUUCUUUUUCUUUCUCUCUCUAGAAAGAGAAGGGAAAACACAGAUACUCUUUCUCUCUCUCUAAGUCUGUCUGAGACUCACAUUCCUUCUUUGCUUCCUCCUUUAACAUCACGAGAUCCUCAUCUCUUUCCUUUCCUUUUUUUUUAAUGUCUUCGUCUUCUUCGGAGAGUCUUCUUUCUCUGGUUUUGAGUUUCUCUCACUGUAAUAGUAGCAGCAGUAGUAGUAGUUGUGGUACCGCUGGUUCUCGCUCUUCUUGACAUUGUUGCAUAACCUAAUUUUGAGAGAGAGAGAAAAUCGGAGGUUUUUAUUUUUAGUAUUUGUUAUUGGAAAUGUCGCAUUCUGGGAAGUCCAUUUCGGAGUUAGGGCUUGAUUCACUCAACGAUCGGUUUACUGAGUCGCUCAGUUGCGAAGCUAACAAGCCUGAUUUCAGAGAACUCGAUCUGGGUUCGCCUGUUUCGCCGUUGAGAACUCGUCAGAGUGGGGUUGCUACUGCCACUAGUAGUAGCUCCAGCUCGUCUGGAUCGGUUUCUGGACGAAAUGGGCAGAACCCAGUUGGGAGGAGAUCCGAUUCGGGACCGAAUAGCCAUUCUGGUGAGCUUUCGGGUUCGAGCGAGAGUAGCCCCACCGCUGCCGAGAGCCUUCGAUCUGGUGGAACAGCCGGCGGCCGGAAUUUCAAGACCAAUGGUCAGGCGAGAUCCGAUUCAGGAAGUUCUCCGCUAAUUUACUCCGGUCAUGGUUCGGUGAACUCUCCGCCUUUGAAUGUUCUUCCCACUGGGAAUAUAUGCCCGUCUGGGAAGAUACUCAAGACCGGGAUGACGCCGAAUCGUAGCCAGAGAAGCGACGUUUUGGGAUCUGGGAUGGGUAAUUACGGCCACGGAAGUAUAAUGCGAGGAGGCGUGGCAGCGGCGAAAUGUGGUGGCGGGGGAGAGCCUGGAAGCCCGGUGAAUCAGGGGCUCAGUUGUGGUAGCAGCGGCGGUGGUAGUGGUGGUGGUGGAGACUUUAUGAAGAGAUCAAUGCCGAGUGUGGAUCCGGAAGAGGUGAAGAGGGCAGGGAACGAACAGUACAAAAGGGGUCAUUUUGCUGAGGCUUUGACUUUGUAUGAUCGGGCAAUUGCGUUGUCUCCGGCCAAUGCUGCCUACCGGAGCAACCGGGCAGCGGCAUUGACGGGUCUAGGCAGGGUUUGGGAGGCAGUGAAGGAGUGUGAGGAGGCUGUGAGGUUGGAUCCUAACUAUGGAAGGGCUCAUCAACGUUUAGCGUCUCUAUUUCUUAGAUUAGGACAAGUUGAGAAUGCGAGGAGGCAUCUUACUUUUCCGGGGCUCAACCCAGGUCUGGCCGAGUUUCAGAGAUUGCAGGCGGUGGAGAAACAUCUCAACAAAUGUACUGAUGCCAGGCGAAUCGGCGAUUGGAAAAGUGUGUUGAGAGAAGGUGAUGCAGCCAUUGCUUCUGGAGCCGACCAUUGCCCACAGCUCUCUAUUUGUAGAGCGGAGGCACUUUUGAAGCUCCACCAGAUUGAUGAGGCUGAAUUGAGCUUACAAAGUGUGCCCAAACUGGAACCAUCCACCAAAGUUUGCUCGCAGACAAGGUUUUUUGGGAUGCUUUCAGAAGCUUAUCUCUACUUUGUUCGAGCCCAAUAUGAGAUGGCACUGGGAAGGUUUGAGAAUGCAGUUACAGCUGCUGAGAAUGCUGGGCAGGUUGACGCUCGAAAUGUCGAAGUUGCUGUGCUCAUCAACAACGUGCGUUUGGUAGCAAGAGCCAGGGCUCGUGGAAAUGAUCUAUUCAAGUCUGAAAGAUUCACUGAGGCAUGCUCGGCGUAUGGUGAAGGUCUCAAGCUUGAUCCUUCAAAUCCUGUUCUCUAUUGCAAUCGAGCAGCUUGUUGGUUUAAGCUUGGGAUGUGGGAAAGAUCCAUUGAAGACUGCAACCAAGCCCUGAGUAUUCAACCAAGUUACACGAAAGCUCUUCUUCGAAGGGCUGCCUCAAACAACAAGCUAGAAAGAUGGGAAGAUGCUGUACAAGAUUAUGAGGUUCUACGAAAGGAACUUCCAUACAACAAUGAAGUUGCUGAAUCUCUAUUUCAUGCUCAAGUUGCACUGAAGAAAUCCCGUGGAGAAGAAGUUUAUAAUAUAAAGUUUGGUGGUGAAGUGGAAGAAGUUUCAGGUCUUGAGCACUUCAGGGCUGCAGUGUCCUUACAAGGCAUCUCGGUGGUCCAUUUCAAAGCAAACUCAAACUCACAAUGCAAGCAAAUAUCUCCAUUUGUGGACACCCUAUGUGGCCGUUACCCAUCUAUAAAUUUUCUUAAGGUUGACAUUGAAGACAGCCCUGCAGUGGCGAACAUGGAGAAUGUGAGGAUUGUGCCAACCUUCAAGAUUUACAAAAACGGUAAUCGAGUGAAGGAAAUCAUAUGCCCAAGUCGCGAAAUGUUGGAACACUCAGUCAAGCAUUAUAGCUUUUAGAACUCAUGACAACACUGUAACUCUCUGCUUCUGUGUCAUAUUUUUGAGUCUUCUUCAUGCUUUUUGCCCAAACCAAACCCCCAGCUUGAUCAUCAUCGUAUUGGCACACUUCCAGAGCCCGUCCAGUCUUUGCUUCCUUAUAAUAUAGGGAUAUUAUCAGACACCCGUGACAUAAUCAGACCACAUAAAUAAUCUUAUUAGCAGCCAUUGCCAGCGGAUCCCAGAGAGAUAAUAGCUUAGUUCCUUUUGCAGUUUUUAUUUAUUCAUUCAUUCCUCAUUGGUCUCUGGUUCCAUUUUCUUUUAUCAUUUCUUCCCUCGUCUCUUGUCUUUUUCCUUCCUUUUUUUGGAACAUGUAUUCCAUAUUCAUGUAGGCCUGCCCUGGUGGGUUGUAUCCCCAACUUAAGGACCCCCCAAUCCAAAAAAAAAAAAAAAAAGAAGGAAAGAGAUAAUAGUAUGUACAAUUGAUUAAUUUGGCUAUUCAGCCAAAACUGGGGGAAGAGGGAAGAGAGGUAGAGUAAUGGCUGUUUGGUAGAAAAGCAUCUGUACAUGUAUAUAUGUGAUAUAUACAAGAAGAAGAAAAAAUGAAAAAAAAAUUGGAAGUUACAAGGUAGAUUGGAUGGUCUGGUGGGUACUUACUGGGUUAGUGAAAGAAGGAUGAAUAUGUUAUUGUUGUUUAUUUCCUUAAACCAUUUAUUUUUCAUCAAUAAAAAUUCCUCUAAUUUUCUCUCUC